CCGGAGCCGGAGCCGGAGGAGCGAGCCGGGCUGUCGGGGCGCCCGCGGGAGCUCGCCGCGCGCCGGGACUGGGACCGGCCUGGCCGAGCGCGCCGGCGCUGCGGCCGCAGACAAAGGCGCUGCUCGCGCCCGGGCCGCCGCGCUCCCGGGCUCUGAUCGGUAAGUGAUUCUUCCAGCGCUCGUGAGCUUCCCGGCUGCCUGUGCCUCCCGGAGUUCCGCGGGCUCCGGAGCAGCCGCGGGAAGAGGAAGAAACGAUCCCCCGAAUCCCCUUGCCCACCUUAACCGGAAGGAAACGGGUUCUGAAGGAUGCCAGGUUUCUGCAGCUUCUCCGGGUGCAAGACAGCCCAGUUUCGAUCGAGGCGGCAUGGCUGAGUUCCCCUGGACUUGGGGUUCCCAGCAGGUGUGUGGUCUAUGAGAGUUGCAUACCUCACUCUGGCCUUCUGCACCCAUGCUCCCCAUACUGGAUUGGCGUUUGGAGUUCAAGAUGCUCCAUCUUCAAGAAGCAUGAGCCAUUCAAAGCUUCAGAGAAGCUUCUAGAAACACAGGAGCUGGUGAAUGGGCCUCCCGGUACAAGCGAAGGAGACAGCCUGGGCUGGAGCCGGGGAAAGACAGAGGCUAUCCUUGUCUCCAGAGAGCUGGUGGCAGUGACCUCACCAGGAGCUAUAGUACUUCUCAGCUGCGGCACCUGACAGCAUGAAGUGUGCCAGGGAGGCCAUUAGUCAGCACUCAUUUGGCCUCUGCCAUCUGUCCAUCUGUCGCAAGGGCAGCCCCUGACACCUAACCCUCAACUAUGGCUGAGAGGGGCGACUGCCUCGCCAGCGUGUAUGGGUAUGACCUCGGGGGACGCUUUAUUGACUUCCGGCCUCUGGGCUUCGGGGUCAACGGGCUGGUGCUGUCAGCUGUGGACAGUCACACGUGUCGCAAGGUGGCCGUGAAGAAGAUCGCCCUGAGCGACGCCCGCAGCAUGAAACACGCCCUCCGGGAAAUCAAGAUCAUCAGGCGCCUGGAGCACGACAACAUCGUGAAGGUGUAUGAGGUGCUGGGGCCCCAGGGUGCUGACCUACAGGGUGAGCUGUUCCAGUUCGGCGUGGCUUACAUCAUCCAGGAGCACAUGGAGACGGACCUGGCACGUCUGCUGGAGCAGGGCACGCUGACGGAGGAGCACGCCAAGCUGUUCAUGUACCAGCUGCUGCGUGGCCUCAAAUACAUCCACUCUGCCAACGUGCUGCACAGGGAUCUGAAGCCAGCCAACAUCUUCAUCAGCACAGAGGACCUGGUGCUCAAGAUCGGCGACUUUGGACUGGCAAGGAUUGUGGAUCAGCACUAUUCCCACAAGGGUUACCUGUCAGAAGGGUUGGUGACAAAGUGGUACCGCUCCCCUCGACUGCUUCUGUCCCCAAACAACUACACCAAAGCCAUCGACAUGUGGGCUGCAGGCUGCAUCCUGGCUGAGAUGCUCACAGGGAGAAUGCUUUUUGCAGGGGCUCACGAGCUAGAGCAGAUGCAGCUCAUCCUGGAGACCAUCCCUGUGAUCCGGGAGGAAGACAAGGACGAGCUGCUCAGGGUGAUGCCCUCCUUCGUCAGCAGCAGCUGGGAGGUGAAGCGGCCACUGCGCAAGCUGCUCCCCGAAGUCAACAGUGAAGCCAUAGACUUUCUGGAGAAGAUCCUGACCUUCAACCCCAUGGAUCGCCUCACAGCCGAGAUGGGACUCCAGCACCCCUACAUGAGCCCGUACUCAUGCCCUGAGGAUGAGCCUAUCUCACAACAUCCCUUCCGCAUCGAGGAUGAAAUCGACGACAUUGUGCUGAUGGCCGCCAACCAGAGCCAGCUCUCCAACUGGGACAGAUACCCAGUGAGCCUGUCCUCAGACCUGGAGUGGAGGCCGGACCGGUGCCAGGAUACAAGCGAGGUGCAGCGCGAUCCGCGUGCGGGCUCGGCGCCGCUGGCCGAGGACGUGCAGGUGGAUCCGCGCAAGGACUCCCAGAGCAGCUCGGAACGCUUCCUGGAACAGUCGCACUCGUCCAUGGAACGCGCCUUCGAGGCCGACUACGGGCGCUCCUGUGACUACAAGGUGGGCUCGCCAUCCUACCUGGACAAACUACUGUGGCGCGACAGCAAGCCGCACCACUACUCGGAGCCCAAGCUUAUCUUGGACCUGUCCCACUGGAAGCAAGCAGCCGGCCCGCCCCAGACGACGACAGCUACUGCAACCGGGGCGACAGGAGCUGUGCCGCGCGAGGACGAGCCCGCCAACCUCUUCCUGGAGAUCGCGCAGUGGGUGCAGAGCACACAGGCAGGCUCCGAACGCGCCACCGCAGCCCCGGCCAGCCCCGAGUGCAGUCGGGCCGCCUCGCCCCCAAGAUGCCCCACACCUGGCAGCGAUGGCGGGGCCAGCCCCCAGUUCGACUUGGAUGUGUUCAUCUCGCGCGCACUGAAGCUCUGCUCCAAGCCGGAGGAGCUGCCAGACAGCAAGCUGGUUGACCUCAAUGGCGCGUGCAUCUCCGAACACCCUGGCGACCUCGUGCAGACAGAGGCCUUCUCCAAAGAACGGUGGUGAGAGCCGAGGGGGCCUCAGGGCCAAACUGGGCUCCUCCAACUGCCCGGUCCUCGUCCUGUCCUCACCUCGCCGCUGCCUUGGGGUGGUGGGGGGCACAGAACAUGUGAAGGAUCCAAGGAGCAGAGGAAUGUCCAUUUCUUAAACUGCCUUAAUAACGAGCCUUUAACCUCUGGGAGCGGGAUUGGACAGGAGGCUAGCAGCGGGAUGAGCACGGUGCCAGCCAAGGAGGGCGGGCACAGCUUGAGGGUGGUGUUGCUGGGCAGAGAAAUUGUGAAGGACUCCUCCUGAAACCACCGGGCCCUGACAGCGUCAACCCACACCUGAGGUCAAGUGGCCCCAGAGAAGCCAAGUCCUAACUGAAGGUCACAGGACAGGUCCGUGUCUGCCCACAUCUCUGCUCCCCUGGUGGGCUUGGCGUGAUUGUGCCAUCAGAAACCCGGACCUGUUUCCUUCCCUGUCGGCCACCGUCGACCCCAGGCCCUGGCCCAUGGAUUUUGAUUCCAGGCAAUGUCUUCUUGAAUGGCAAUACUGUCAAGGAGCCAGUAUUUCUCCUCCUCACCCAG